CAGGAGGAUAACAAAGAGGAGUUCUUACGCCAGCUUAUUCAAGACAAGCGUGAGGAGCAGAAUCGGAAAAGGGAAGUUGAGGAGAGAAGGAAGAUGGACGAGCUGAUCCGACAGGAGAUCGAGCGGAACUCGGAAGCUGUGGAAGCCCGGGUAAUGAUGAAGAUAGGGCGGCAGUACCUAGUUACCCAGGGAGAAGCGCAGCGGGAGGAAGGGCGCUCACCUGCCUGCAAGGCUUCGGUUACUCCUAUCAGGGAAGGUGGGAGGUAUGCUGUGGAAUUUGAAGACUAUGGGAUUGAGGAUAUCGAAGAUGAGAUAGCAAAACUUUAUGAGAUGCGGGAAAGAAAGAUGCGGGGUAAAGAGCCUGUGCAAGUGACCAGAAGACUGUUUCAACAGCCUGUGUUUCAUAGAGAUGACGGCUCGGUUGAUAAUCUCCGGCUGGCGUCCUCUGAGAUGGGGGCGGAGCGUGCUCGAACUAAGAUCAUAGCGGGGAGUGGCCCGGAAGGGCUACUUAACUAGAUUUUGCAGCAACGACGGCUUCUCACUGGGAAGAACAAGGACCAGUUGAAGGCUAUCUGUGCCUCUGAAGGAAUCAAAGGCACCACAAAGG